UAGCUCGCUUCCAAGAUGGCGGCGCUAGCGGCUGCCGCUGGGCUCUCUGUGGGAGCGGCUGCCGCUGCCGAGUUAGCUCCCAGCUUAGAGGAAGGCUCGGCUAAUGCUCCUGAAGAAGUGUUUCCGCCGCUGGAGCCGGCCGAGGUGACGAGCCGCCUGGAGAGAAGCGCCCGGCAGUUCCGUAACCGACGCAAGGUGCUUAUUCGGGGGCUGCCCGCUGACGUCGCCAACCAGGAAGUCCAUGAUCUGCUGAGUGACUAUGAACUUAAGUACUGUUUUGUGGACAAAUACAAGGGGACUGCUUUUGUCACUUUGUUAAAUGGAGAACAGGCAGAAUCAGCCAUUAAGAAAUUCCACUUAAGCAAGCUGCGAGACAAGGAGAUCACAGUACAGCUGCAACCCACGGAUGCCCUUCUGUGCAUUGCUAACCUGCCCCAGCUUUACACACAGCAGCAGUUUGAAGAUCUUGUUCGACCUUUUGGGAACUUGGAACGCUGCUUCUUAGUGUACAGUGAGAAAACAGGACACUCCAAAGGCUAUGGCUUUGUGGAGUACAUGAAAAAGGAUUCUGCAGCCAGGGCAAAAUCUGACCUCCUGGGUAAACAGCUGGGAACACGGACUUUAUAUGUUCAUUGGACAGACGUCAACCAGUUGACCCUGGACCUUAUUCAUUCAAAGUGCUUAUGUGUAGAUAAACUGCCUCACAAUUACAAUGAUGUGGAAGAAUUGAGGCAGACCUUUUCUGCCAUAUGCCCUCCAGUGUUCUGUCAGUUGGCAUGUGGUCAGGAUGGGCAGCUGAAGGGCUUUGCAGUGCUGGAGUACGAGUCACCUGAGAUAGCGGAGAUGGUCCAACAGGCCACCAAUGGCUUGCCACUUGCUGGGAACCAUAUCAGAGUCUCCUUCUGUGCUCCAGGUCCUCCUGGGCGAAGCAUGCUAGCUGCUCUGAUAGCUGCCCAGGCGACAGCACUUAAUCAUGGAAAAGGGCUUUUACCUGAGCCCAAUCUUCUUCAGAUGCUGAACAGUUUAGGGAAUCCUACGUCAAUCCAGCUUUUACUCAACCCUCUUCUUCAUGGAGCCAUUGGAGGAAAGCAAGGAAUCUUGGGAGCCCCACCAUCAGUGCCUCUCCUGACCAACCCAGCCCUGUCCACAGCCCUGCUUCAACUUGCACUCCAAAAUCAGACUCAAGCACAACAGAAGGCAUUUCUUGGAAACUUGCUCUUAGUCCAAAACCAGGUCUGGACACAACUGCUGCAGAACAAGGAAAACCAGGCCAUAUUCCAUAAACCAGGAAUCUUGGGAGAGUCUCCUUUGGGUUCCUUGCAGCAUGGUGCUCUGGGAAUGCCAAACACACCAGCUUCUCAGGCAGGAAAUCAGUUACUGGGUGAGAUGUCUUCAGGUAGUGCUCUUCCUGCUGAUACUACCCCAGGACCUGUGAAGUCGCCAAUCCUACCUUCAGGAAGCCUGCCCUUGCCUUCCUUUAUGGGGCCACUGGGCAUGGAGAGAGAUAACUCUGUGAUGGGGGCCCAGACUCCCCAGUUGACCCAACCUGGCCUGCAAGGCCUCACCACCUCCAUCCUUGGCUCUGUGAUCAGUGGACUUCAGAAGCCAAAGCAGACAGAAAAUGGGCCUCCCUCAGCUAGUGUCUCUUUGCUAGGAGAACCACCAAAAGACUUCAAGAUUCCACUGAAUCCCUACUUAAACCUGCACAGCCUUCUCCCUACAGGCAAGCUUGGAGGUGGGGCUAGUAAAGGAUUCAGCUUGAAGACUGGUGUUCUUGGCAAUGUUUCCAACCCCAGACUUCCACAGGCCUCCAUCUCUGACCCUGUGCUGCCCUCACCUGGGUUGACAGGAGAGAACUGUUCCUUUGACUACCAGCCAGACUUGGGAUCACGAAUAUAUGCCCAGAGCAGAGAGACAGGAGCCCAGCUGCCUGGAUUUGCACAAAACAAGCAGAAGGUGUCGUCACCCGGGUUUGAGCGGAACAGCUUGGGAGCCCCUCUGCCUCCCUUCUAUGCAGGGUCUCCAACAUCCUAUUUCACUAGUGGUCUUCAAGCUGGACUCAGGCAGAGCCACUUGAAUAAAGCUGUCGGGAUGCCUCCUGUGAGUACAGGAGAAAGUAUCCUGGGUCUAGGACCAACUAGUCACUCGCAGGGCACAUACUCAAAGACUCCAGUUGGUGGCCAAAAGCGGGCCUUUUCCCACCUCCUCCCAUCACCAGAGCCAAGCCCGGAAGGCAGCUAUGUUGGUCAGCAUUCUCAGGGUCUCGGAGGGCACUACGCAGACUCCUAUCUGAAGCGAAAGAGGAUAUUUUAAUCUUAGUUUCUGGCUGGAGCACUCUUCUUUCUCUCCCUACCCCCCAACCUAACUGUGUUCAUUUUUGUAAAAAUGUUUUUAAUGUUUUGCUUUAUUUUUAUUUUUAAGCCUAUGUGUAAAGGACUUGGCUUCUGAGCUUGGGGUCCGGUACAAGCACAUUCUGGACUUUGAAGAUGGAUCUUUGGUGCUUUUCUCGAGCAAACACCCCUUUCCUAGCUAAGGCUAUUUGGGCAAUCAUGAGAAGUGUUAUCAAGUUCCAGACAGCCCGCUGCUGCCUGUCAGUCAGCUGGACCAAAAUGAAAUGAAUGAAUUUUCUUCCUUGGGCUCCUUUGUGUACUGUUUUCUGAUUGCCAUCUAUCCUACCUGCAAGGACCCUGUCUUCUAAAGAGAGAGGACUUCCCUGCCUUAAAUCUGCUUCUAGCAAAUGAAUGUACCUGAAUUCUGUAGGUGCCUCUGGAUGUGCUGCAGUGUGAUGGGGUGACUGCUAACAGGAAGAAGGUGGCAUUAGAGGACCCUUGUGCCAUCUUGGGACACCUUUUCCAAUCUGCUGCAGUUCAUCAAUCUCCAGUAUGCUCCUGGGGCCCUUGACUCUCCGGUCUCCCCACAACCCUCCUUUCUCUUUUUUUAAAAAUGUUAUGUUUGUUUUACUCAGUUUGGUAAUUAUAGUUUGUAAACUACCUUUUUAAAAAAUUUUCAUGGUUUUAGUUACUUUUUAAAUAGCUUAGGAGUGUGGGAUCCUGAACAGCAUCCAUAAAUCCUUGAAUGAUUUCAUUUAAAAAAAUCUUUUGCCCUCCUAGGUGUGAUGUGUAUUUUUCAGGGUAGACCAAUUCCUUCUUUGAGUGCAAAUGAGGGUUGUUGUUUUUUUUAGUGCAUUGUUCUAUUUUGACAAGUGUCUUAAUGCUGAUCCUCUGGUCUGAUACCUUUCAGGCCAAACUUCUGUAGCUGGGACAAUCUUUGGGCAUUGCUUUCUAGGGUGAUUUAGAAUGUUGUGCAGCAAUUCUGUAUCUUGGUCGCAACAGGACACAUCUGGCUUUUUGACAUCACACAGUUUUUGAAGCUGCGCCAGCGCUUGAGCAAAGUUCAGACACUGAAGCCAGUUCCAAUGAACUAGCAGUUUUGACUUCUUAAUGGGCUAUAAAAGUUUCUCAUUUCCCUUAUAUGAGCUGAGGGAGGAUAGAGGGAAAGCAUCAGUACGGUCCCUGACCAAGGCCCAGUUUAGCCUGCUACAGAAGCAGAUAGCUGAGUUGGUUGCUUUUAAAGUGACUUUGGUUUAGGAUGGGCAGUAUUUCCAUAUUGCCUAUUCUUGAUGAAGACCUAUGUGGGGUUAUUUUAAGACAGAAUGAGGGUUUGUGGCCUUCUCCCUGGGGAAUAUAGAAGUCUGCUUAUACAUGGCACACUUUUUCUGUUUUAUAAACAUGCUGUUUCUACUGUAGAUACUGGCUGGUUUGCUGUAUUUGUCAUGGGAUUGUAAAUCUCUCAGCAGCUGGAUACUAACUUUCCAGAGUAAAACUAUAUUUAUAUCAA